CGCCGAAUUCGGUGUUGUUAUGUACGUGAAUGCUGCUGUUUAUACUUCGAUUAGGCUGUAGAAAUUGGGUUUAGGGUAGAAGGAAAUGGCAGAAUCCUCAGCUUGGUGAAUGGUGGUAGCUGUGCUAGAGCUUGUUAUUUGUACUGGUCACUUAAGCACUGUUAAGUGUUAACUGUUAAGGACAAUGAGCAAAGUGAUGUCGUUCGCUCACUACGUCUUGGACGAAGAAAUGAAGGAAUCGCACUUCAAAGUUGAAGAAGCUUUUCUAAUUUCUUCCACCAGCUGCUGGCUGAAGUUUCGUCCCUCAGCUCCUUCUGCCUGAUCAUUCAAGUCGACAACGUCAUUGAUCUUCAACAUAUUCAAGCACAGCGCAAAUAAGUAGUUAGGGGCUAUGUAUUAGACUAGAAAAGCGCCAUCCAGUAGUAAGAAUGCGACGCGCCGAGAAGCGGAAGAAAAUCCUGGACGCCCUCCUCAAAUCCCGUAAUCAGCAAUCGCCGGAACGCGAGGCAAAGGGAGACGAUGAGACGCCGGCGUUUGCGCCGACUGAAGAGUUCGAUGUGAAUCUUAUUCCAGAUGAUUACGGGUUGCAGAUAGGUGGUUCGUCGUCGCCGAGCAGCGACAACGAGGGAGAUGGAGGCGUCCAGAAGUUAUCUAGGGCUCAGAGGAAGAGGUUGAGGAAGAAGAAGAUUAAGGAAGACGUUUCCCGCCGGAAGGGAAUCAUUGGACCGCUACUACCUGGUUCACCGCCAGAGGAAGCAGAGAGCAGUCUAGGUGUUCGACAAAAUGCCCAACAGAGUGGUGAGGGAGAUGGGGGCAAUUCUAGGGGAGAGCGACCACGUCUUGAAACGCCGAAUGCGAGCAGGAUAAAGCAGCGAAGGAAGGCAAAGAAGCUGGCCAAGGAGAAGCUGGUACCUCCCCCUUGUUCGAAUUUGGGAGUUUCUACAAGCUUGAAUGCAGUUGACGACGGAAAUUCUGCACCAGAAGAACAUUGAUCUAGAGGAGGAUAAUGAGUCGAUACUACCAUCCCACAUCUCAACUGCGGACCAUGAAUCAUCAUCUGGAAAUUAGAAAACGGGAGCAAAGUCUGCGGAUUAUGCAUGAAAUGAGAUGUUUCUGCAGGCUCUGCCAAUAAACUAAACGCUUAUCCGAAUUAGCCAAGGGCUAUGCCUAAUCUUGCCCGUUUUAGCCAAAGCACUGCUUUUGUAAUUGGUUCCUCUUACUUACUAAUCAUUUCUGCCUUCACCUAGUCACGACUUUCUAACCUACCAAUUGAUAACCCCCAUUUGACAUGAAAAAGUGAAGAAACG